AUGGCUGUGGUGAGGUUUUACGGUGGCGAGGUGAGGGGGCGGAGCCUCCGGCAGGCAGCCAAACUUUACCCCCAAUUGUCAAUCUCCACAGAGCUCUGCUACAAUGUAGAGCUGACGGGUAGUGAUAGUCUGACCAAGGAACAUAAGGAGGUCCUCGUCUGGUUGUUCCGACCUCCGAUGCAGGCCGAAGCAUUGGGUGAUACACCCAAACUGAAAGAGGAAGAUGGCGCCACGCUGGUUGAGAUCGGACCCAGGCUGAAUUUCUCCACCGCCUGGUCCACCAACGCUGUGUCCAUCUGCCAGAGCGCCGGCCUGACCAACAUCACGCGUGUAGAACUUUCUCGGAGAUUUCUUAUCAAGCCGACGAACAAUAGCAACAUAACUGCUAUCCAGAAAGAAGUGAAAAAUCUGAUCGCCCUCCUGCACGACAGCAUGACAGAGUGCAUUUAUGAGAAUCCCGUCACCUCCUUCGUUGUGGACGCCAAAUCUCAGCCCGUCUUUGAGGUCGACGUCCUGGGCGAGGGUCGAGCAGCCCUUGAGAAGGCCAACGACCAACUGGGUCUGGCCUUUGAUGCCUGGGAUCUGGACUUCUACACCGCCAUGUUCCAGAGGAUACAGAGGAACCCAACCAGUGUGGAGUGUUUCGACCUGGCCCAGUCCAACAGCGAGCACAGCCGCCACUGGUUCUUCCGGGGCCGUGUGCUUAUCGAUGGGCAGGAGCAAGAAGAGACGCUCUUCCGCCUCAUCAUGGACACACAGAAGAACAGCAAUGGCAACAAUGUCAUCAAGUUCUGCGACAACAGCAGUGGUAUCCAAGGAAUGGAAAUGGAGUGUCUCUACCCCAAAGAUACGUCACAAGCCAGUCCCUACGAAACACGCCAGUCGCUACGACAUGUCAUCUUCACUGCCGAGACACACAACUUCCCUACAGGGGUGGCACCAUUCAGUGGCGCCACCACAGGCACCGGUGGCCGCAUCCGAGAUGUCCAGAGCGCCGGAAGGGGAGGACACGUCAUUGCUGGCACUGCUGGAUACUGUUUUGGCAACUUGCACAUACCAGGUUAUGUUCUCCCAUGGGAGCAAGACGGAGAGGAAUGGGAGUACCCAACCAGCUUCGCUCCACCACUGCAAGUGGCAAUUGAGGCAAGCGACGGCGCCUCCGACUACGGCAACAAGUUUGGGGAGCCAGUUCUGUCUGGAUUCGCCCGUUCCUUCGGCAUGAGGCUGCCCAAUGGUGAGAGACGAGAGUGGAUUAAGCCCAUCAUGUUCAGCGGGGGAAUAGGUUCCAUUGAAGAUACGCAUGUUAAAAAAGCGCAGCCAGAAAAAGGUAUGGAAGUGGUAAAGAUUGGCGGCCCGGUGUACCGAAUCGGUGUGGGAGGAGGAGCAGCGUCAUCUGUUCAAGUUCAAGGUGACAACUCCAGCGACAGAGACCUUGGCGCCGUGCAGCGAGGAGACGCCGAGAUGGAGCAGAAGAUGAAUCGAGCGCUGAGGGCUUGUUUGGAAAGACGUGGCGGCAACCCCAUCCGUAGCAUCCAUGACCAGGGAGCGGGAGGGAACGGAAACGUACUAAAGGAGCUGAGUGAGCCGGCCGGUGCUGUAAUCUACUGCAGCCGAUUCAAGAAAGGCGACCCAACACUGAGCGUGUUGGAGUUGUGGGGUGCCGAGUAUCAGGAGAGUAAUGCAUUGCUGCUACACCCCUCGGACCGCUCCUUCCUGGAGAGGGUGUGCCAGCGGGAGAAAUGUCCCGUGGACUUUGUUGGGAACAUUACUGGCGAUGGCAAGAUUGUGCUGGUGGACGACGAGAGCGCAGGCAGCGAGCCAGUUGGCAACAGGCGCCACCCUGUGGACCUGCAGCUUGAAUGGGUGCUUGGCAAGAUGCCUCAAAAGGAGUUCAAGAUGGAGCGGCUGAGUGCCAUGCUUCAGCCGCUGCUGCUUCCUGCCAGUCUAACAGUCAAAGACGCCUUGGAGAGAGUUUUGCGUUUGCCCGCCGUAGCGUCCAAACGCUACCUGACUAAUAAGGUGGACAGAUCCGUGACAGGAUUGGUCGCGCAACAACAAUGCGUGGGCCCCCUCCACACGCCGCUGGCCGACGUGGCAGUGGUGGCCUUGUCACCCUUUAGCAUGGAGGGGGCAGCGACGGCUAUUGGCGAGCAGCCCAUCAAAGCGCUUGUGAACGCGGCGGCAGGUGCUCGCAUGGCGGUGGGCGAAGCGCUCACCAACCUGAUGUUUGCUAGAGUCACCACGCUUAAGGACGUGAAGUGCAGCGGUAACUGGAUGUGGGCUGCCAAGUUGCCCGGCGAAGGGGCACUUCUUUGGGAGUCAUGUAGGGCCAUGUGUAAAGUGAUGGGGGAGCUAGGGGUUGCCGUUGACGGUGGCAAGGACUCGCUGAGUAUGGCUGCACGAGUGGCAAAAGAAACUGUUAAAGCACCAGGAGCGCUGGUAAUCUCGGCCUAUGCUGUGUGUCCAGACAUCAGUGCCACCGUCACACCCGAUCUCGAGGAUCCAGACGGAAAAGGUGUGCUGCUGUGGGUUCCGCUCAGUCCUGGCCAUCACCGUCUGGGCGGUUCUGCAUUGGCUCAGUGCUAUGCACAGUUGGGAGAUUGUUCUCCUGACAUAGAGCAGCCGCAACUCCUGGCCGCCUGCUUCGACACCAUUCAGACGUUAAUUAGAGAUCGUCUUCUCAGCGCGGGACACGACGUUAGCGACGGAGGCCUUAUUUCCUGUAUACUGGAGAUGGCAUUCGCUGGAAACCGCGGCGUCGAUGUUGAUGUGCCUUCAUUGGGAGCCCCUGGAGUCAUGGAGCUUCUUUUCAGUGAAGAGUUGGGUCUUGUUCUGGAGGUCUCAGAGGCAGAUGAAGAAAGCGUGUGCCGCAGAUUCCUUGAUGCCGGCGUCGCGUGUCACCGUAUUGGCACAACCAAUGGCUUCGGCCCUGAGGCCAUGGUGACGAUGCGUGUAGACGGACAGGAAGUACUGAGGGAACACCUGGCUGACCUCCGAGCAUCAUGGGAGGAGACCAGCUUCCGUCUGGAACGCCUGCAGACUGACGAGCUUUGCGUUCAACAGGAAGAGGAGGGGCUCGCCAGGAGGACGCAGCCUGACUUCAAAGUUACUUUUGACCCAUCUGACGUUGUUCUUUGCAAGCCGCCUGCAGCAGUGCAGCCUCGUGUGGCCGUAGUGAGAGAAGAGGGCAGCAACGGUGACCGAGAGAUGUCGGCCUCUCUCUACAUGGCGGGAUUUGAGGUGUGGGACGUGACCAUGCAGGACUUGUGCUCCGCUGGCGUCUCGCUGGACCCGUUCAAUGCUGUCGUGUUCGUGGGAGGUUUCAGCUAUGCCGACGUGCUGGGCUCAGCUAAAGGUUGGGCCGCCACCGUCGCCUACAACGCCGCCGCCAAAGCCCAGUUUGAGCGCUUCCGGCAAAGGGAUGACACGCUUAGCCUGGGCGUGUGCAAUGGCUGCCAGCUGCUGGCUCUACUGGGUUGGGUCGGGGAGAGCCAAGAUGGCAAAGAAUCCAACGUGGUUCUGACCCACAACAAGUCGGGCAGGUUUGAGUCUCGCUUCGUCACCGUGGGGAUCCAGGCGUCCCCGUCCGUGUGGCUGUCUGGGAUGGAGGGCUCAGUUCUAGGGGUGUGGGUGGCUCACGGAGAAGGUUUGAUGCAAUUCCGUAAUUCCCGGGAUCUGGAUGACAUCACCUCAAGUGGCCUGGCCCCACUCCGUUACCUGGACGAUGGCGGCCAACCCACCGAGGAGUACCCCUUGAACCCUAACGGCUCGCCACUGGGCAUCGCCGGCCUGUGCUCCGGGAACGGCCGACACUUGGCCAUGAUGCCCCACCCGGAGCGAUGCACGCUGGGCUGGCAGUGGCCGUGGGCGCCCCGUAGCUUCCGCCCCCAGCUGAAGACAUCACCCUGGCUGCGCAUGUUUCGUAACGCCGCCGCCUGGUGCAGCCAAAAGUGUUAA